AUGGCCACCGGCGGCGACCGCGCGGCGGAGGAGCUCGUGUCCGUCGAGAUGCCCGCGCCCGAGGGAUGGACCAAGAAGUUUACUCCCCAGAGCAGGGGAAGAUCUGAGAUUGUUUUUGUCUCACCAACUGGAGAGGAAAUUAAGAACAAGAGGCAGCUGAACAGCUAUCUGAAGGCAAACCCUGGAGGCCCCACUUCAUCGGAGUUUGACUGGUCAACUGGUGAUACCCCAAGGCGUUCUGCUCGGAUUAGCGAGAAAGUGAAGGUAUUUGAUAGCCCUGAGGGUGAAAAGAUACCAAAGCGUAGUAGGAACUCAAGUGGAAGAAAGGGGAAGCAAGAGAAAAAGGAGGAUCCUGAAACUGAAGAAGACAGAGAAGCUGAAGCUGGCAAGGAGGUCCCUAGUGAAGAUGUUGCAAAGAGCACCGAUGUGGAGAUGACGGUUGCUGAGGCGAUUGAUGCUGCUGCCAAGAGCACUGAUGUGGAGAUGAAGCCUGCCGAGGCGAAUGAUGCUGCAAAAAACGCAGAUGUGGAGAUGAAAGUUGCUGAAGAGGUGAAAGCUGCUCCUAGUGAAGAUGCAGGGAAGACUGAAGACUCCACUCCAGCACCUGCAGAACACAAGGAAGAUGUCAAACCAGCUGAGUCUGAUGCCGCUCCGGCACUAGCGGCGGAGGACAAGAAGGAAGAUGUCAAACCAGCUGAGACUGAUGCCCCUCCAGCACCAACAGUGGAGGACAAGAAGGAAGAUGUCAAGCCAGCUGAGGCCGAUGCCCCUCCGGCACCAGCGGUUGAAGACAAGGAAGACGCUAAGCCAGCUGAGGCUGAUGCCCCUCCGGCACCAGCGGUUGAAGACAAGGAAGAUGCUAAGCCAGCUGAGGCUGAUGCCCCACCGGCACCAGCGGUUGAAGACAAGGAAGACGCUAAGCCAGCUGAGGCUGAUGCCCCUCCGGCACCAGUGGUUGAAGACAAGGAAGACCCUAAGCCAGCUGAGGCUGAUGCUGCUCCGGCACCAGCGGUGGAAGACAAGAAGGAAGAUGUCAAGCCAUCUGAGGCUGAUGCCGCUCCUCUGGUGAGUUCGGAGGAGGUGAAGACAGAGGAAGCUCCUCCGGUGAGUUUGGAGGGGGCGAAGACAGAGGAAGUAGACCCUCCAGCGAGCAAGCCAACUGAGAACUCAGUUGCUGCUCCCAGCGAGCCUGCUAUUGCUCCUGCUCCUGCUGCAGUAUCUGAAACCAAAUCAGAUGCCGCCGCCGUAGACAGCCAACCUGGCGCGGCCACCAAUGAGUCGCCGUCCGCCGUCAACAAUGGGCAGCUGUCGCCUGGCGCCUCGACGGUGAAGUGCACCUGA